AUGUCUAACAAUUCAACCUCAACGCGUUCAACUAUUCAAACUAAUGCUACUGCUGUAUCUUCUAAAUCUAUUCAAUCAUUAAUUAAACCAGAUUAUGACACGAAAAUCAUCAAGAAUGGAUGGUUGAAUGCCGUGCCUGCUUCAUCAUCAAAUGAUAUUAAUGAACAAUCUUUGAAAUUAUAUAGAGUGGAAUUAAAAGGUUCUAACUUGUAUGUUUAUAAACCUCCAAAUCAAUUAAACGUAAGAAGUUUUAAACAUUCAUCUAAUGAUGAUACCAAUAAUAAAGAUGAUUUCUUACAACCUCCUGCUACUCAAUUAAUGCUUAAUCAAAACCUUAAUAAUUCAAAUUCUUCAUUAUCAUCCAAUGAAAUUUAUAAAUCGAUAAAUAAUAAUGAUUCAAACAUUUCCCUUACUGAAACUGGAUCACCAGUUAUAAAUCAAUAUCAACCUCAUGAACCUCAACCAAUAGAUGAUUCAGCUACUGAUUUCUCCAUUACUUAUUUUAAUACUCAAAUCCCGCAUCCUAAUUUGAAUUAUGAUUUUCAUAUUCAUCAAUUUUCAUCUUCCAUUGUUUCUAUUAAUCAAUCUAAAUCCAUAACUAUCAAUUCCAUCGAAUCAAUCUUUCAUUUCAUAUUGUUCACUCCUGUGGAUGCUAAUAAUGAACUUUCUAUCGAUUCCAUUAUAAGCAUUUUACCUAUUUUACCUCAUUUUGGAAAGAUAUUAAAAUUCUUAUCCACUUAUUUAUCAGCUAUCUUUGCCAAUAAAUUUCAAGGUUCAUAUAAUUUGAAUGUGAUCGUGGAGAGAACAUUAAGAAUCUUGUAUAAUAUUGAAGAGAAUUUUGAUGGAUUUUUAUUAAAAUCAACCAUUGCCCCCUAUAUUUUAAAUGUAGUUGAAAUCUUAACUACUCAAGUUAAACAACAUUCAUCAACAUCAUCAGUUCAAUCAGAAAAUAUAUAUAAAUUUAAGAGAACUAUGUUAUCAAAACAACAAUUAUUAAUCAAUCUUGUCAAUAAUAAAUCUGAUUCCAAUAAUUAUCAUCAUGAAAAUUCAUCUGAUAUUGAUCCAUUCCAAGAUUUAAGUUCCUCGGUUUUCAUGAAAGAUAUUAAUUUACUUGAUUUUGUAAAAAUAGUUAGUUCAAUUGAUUUGAAAUUUUUUAAUAAUUGGAAUUCAAACAUUGAUAAAUCAUUACUAUUAUAUAGUUCAAUCAACAAUCAUGAUGAUAAUAAUAAUAGUAAUGGUGGAAAUAAUGGUGUCAAUCCUUCUGAUUUUUAUAAAAAGAAUCCAUUAAUAUUCAAUAACGAUCAUCAUAUCCAUUAUUUAUCUCGAUUAUUAAUCAAUCAUUUAUUCAUUGAAAAUUCAUCCAGUUCAUCAUCAACUACAUUAGAAAAGAAAGCUAGAUUAUUAGAAAAAUGGAUCGAUUUAGGUUGUCUCUUGGAUAAAUCUGGUAAUAUGUCAUCAUGGUUAGGUAUUUCUUCAAUCAUCUUAUCUCAACCCGUAUUAAGAUUAACUAAAAUUUGGUCAUUAGUAUCUCCAGAAUAUAUUAAAUUACUUAAGAAUGAUUGGUCACCAGUUUUAUUCGAAUUGGAUAGAAGACAUUUAGCCAAUAAUGCUGUAUCCACUAUGCAUAAUAACAACAAUAAUAAUCAUGAUUCUCAAUCAAGAGAAUCAAGUAUGAAUUUCAAAGAUUCUUAUCAUAUCAUGGCUCCAAGAGGGUUAGGUAAGAUUUAUCCAAAGGAAAAAGUCAUUCCUUAUUUUGGAGAUUUGGUCAUCAAUAAUCAAUCAUCAACUAAUAUGAUUGAUAUAUUUGAUUUAGAAUCAAUUUGGAAAAGAAUCAAUUAUUCCUUUAAUCGUUGGAAUGAAUAUCUUUCAAAUUUGGUCAAUUAUAAUGAAAUCAUUAAGUAUAAUGAAGAUGUUUUACGAAGAUAUGAUAAUAUGGGAUUUAUAUUCUCCAAUGAAAGCUUGAAUCAAGUUUUAUAUUUGGGAGUGAAUAAUGAUGAUAAUGUCAUUGCUGCUAAUGGCGGUAAUAAAACUGUAAUUCCUAAUGAUCUUGAUGAUAUUGAACAACCAAUGACAAUGGAUAGUAAGUAUACUAGUAAUGAAUUGAAAUCCAAAUUAAUGAAAUUGAUUGAAAUUAAUUGUGAAUCAAUCAAUUUAGAUAAAAUUAUGAAAUUAUCGAUUAAUUUAGAACCAGGCUUACCAGAAGGAUAUUUGAAAUUACCAACUACCACAUCUGUGAUUCCUUCAACUCCAUUAGAAUUAAGUUUUAUUAGGAAUAGAAACAAUGGUAGUGGUUCACACAGUAGUAAUAAUAAUGGUUUAGCCAUACACGUUAAUAAUUCUUCCAAUUCACUCGAUACAGGUUCAACAGCAGUUAAUGAUAGUAUUUCAACUAAUACUAUCCCCACUUCAUCUUCAGAAUUCAAUCCAAAUUUAAGAUUACCCACCUUUAAUAAUGAAUAUUUCAGAAUCAAUUUAGCCAAAUAUGAUGAAUUGACGGCUUAUUUCAAUAAUGAUGAUAAACUGCAUUUACAACAUUUAUUAGAUCCAACCAUUAACAAACAUAAUCUUGUUAUUGAUAGUGAAUUAACGUUUAGAAUUGAUGAUUUCAUAGUUGAUCAAAGUGACCUGGUUAAUAAUACUACAAUGUCAACUACUUUGGACGAUAUUGAUAAUGUUGAUUUUGAAGAUGAUAUUCCAGGAUUAGGAAUUGAUGUGGAUGAUAUUUUAAAUUCAGAAAAGUUUAAUAAUUUCACCAUGUCUCCUAAGACAGUACCUUCUAAGAAAUUCAAUAGUAUCAUUUCAACUGAAUCAGGUGGAAGUAAUAAGAAUCGUUUACUGAAUAGUCCAUCGGAAAGAAUACAUAAAUUCAUUCCAAAAUAUGCCACAGUGGAUCGAUUAGUUGAUCUUUGUUUGAUUGAUUCCAGAUAUUUCAAUGAAGAUAUUAUUCUUGAUUUAACUGAAUAUCGAUUUGUGUUUUUAUUAAAUUAUACUUCAUUUAUUUCUACUAAAGAUUUAUUAGAUAAAUUAGCUCAUAGAUUUAUUAAUUCUGGUAAUGCUGUUAUUUCGGUUAUGAAAAAGGAAUAUUAUACUAGACAAAAGGGUAAAGAAGCUACCGCUCAAUAUUUAGCUCAUGCUAAGUUUCCUAAUUGGAGUUUAGAUAAUUCAGUUGAUUUGAAUGAAUUAGGUCAAGUUGAUUAUGAAUUAUUAUUGAAGAUUCAAAUUAAUAUCUUAAAGGCAUUAAUUGUAUUAAUUAAUAAUUUCUAUUCUUAUUUUUCCCUUGAUUUAACUAAUAAGAGAAUUUUAAUCAAAUUAUUGAAAUUAUUUAGUAAUGAAAUUUUACAAUGGUAUAAUUCAAAUAAGAUUGAUAAUAAUUUAGCUAAAUCAUUUGAAAGUUUGGUUAGUUAUUAUAAGAAAUUAAAGAAAUUAUUUGUGAAAAAGACUUAUAGACCAAUUGAAAUUCUGAAAUUUGAUGAAUAUCUAAUUAAAGAAUUCAGAUUUAAUAAUUCAUUACAAGAAGUUCCCAUGAAUAGAAAUUUACCAAGCCAUAAGAAUGUAUUGAAAAUUGAAAAAUUCCUUCAUAAAUUUAAUAAAUUACUUACGGUGUUUUAUAAAGGUAUUAAAGCAGAAGAUUGGAUUAGAGUUUAUCGAAUUCUUGAAAAUUCAUUCGAAGUAAAUUGUUUAUUAGAAUUCAAUUUACAAAAGUCAACCACUAGUGAUGAGACUAUAAUCAUUUCAAAUAUCUUUAAUUAUUUUGAAACUUUAAUUGAUCCAAAUGAAAGACAAUUAAUCUUAAAGAAAUUCCCAUUGGUAUUCAGAAAGUUAUUCAAAUUAUAUUUCAAAUUCAGAACUUAUUUAUUGAUUCAAUUAACUGAUUUAAAUAUCAAUGUUGAAGAAAGAUUAGAUCGUAUGAAGACAUUAUUGAUCAUGUGUCAAAUUUCAAAAUUAAAAAUGGGUGAAAAUCAAUUUGUAUUCGAAGGUGCUGGUGAAGGUGGAAAUAUUCCUUCAUGUAUCGAAACUGCCAUUACCAAUGUUAUCUAUUCACCUGAAAGUAGAAUGUUUAAUAAUUUAUGGAUGAAAGCAAGUAAUUCUUUAACCGAUUCUAAUCAUAGUUACUCGCAUUUUGAUGAUUUAGAUCUGUUAUUACCUAAACAUUUAACCAUGGCCGAUUUACAAAAUCCAGAACCUUUAUUACCAUGUUUUGGUUGGAUUAUUGAAAAUUUAAUUGAAACUAAUAAAUGUCCAAGUUUCUUUAAGAACUGUGUUAAUUUCAAUAAGAGAUAUUUAACGUUUAAGUUGAUUCGAGAAUUUGGUAUUGAAGAUUUAGAUGGUUCUAGCGAUCUUAGUAAUACCACCAGCAAUAACAACGGUACCCAAACUGAUUUCAAUCAUUACGAUUCUAAAGACUUUGAAUUUUUAUUAAAAUUAAAUGAAUCAUUAGUGAAAGCUAAUAACAUUAAAGACUUUACAAUUUCUCAAAGAGAAAGUGGUAAAGUUAUUUUUAAAUCCAUAAUUGCUCAACAACAUAAGAUAUUACAAUUAGACAAUAAGAAAAAACAAUUGAAAGAAGGUGCCAAACCAGUGGUUAAUCCAAAUCAUACAGUUACUUUAAAUAAAAAGACUUCAAGUUCAAGUCUUAGACGUCAAUCAUUAAAUUAUAAAUCGAAUUCUGCAUCGAGGUUUAAAAUCAGUGGACUAUUUAAUAAAACAAGACCAUUUUCAUUGAAUGGAAUGAAUGGACCAGAAAGAGUAGUCGAUGUUUCAGAGUUACCUGAUGCUGAUACUUUUAUUGAUCCAAAACAAAAGGCUUAUUUAAUAAUUCCAUUGAAAAAUAGAAAAAUCUUCCCUGUUUAUUUAUUACCUUUAUGUUUUAAAGUUGAUUCUGAUAGUACAACUAAUUCUCAAGAUGAUUUCUUAUUGCAAGCUCCAAAUGAUUCUGAUUUGAAUGAUUGGUUAGUUAAAUUGAAUUAUGCUAAUAGACAUUGGUUCUUUUCCAAAUCACUUACAAACGUCAAAACAAACAGUGCCAAUAUUGUAUUUGGAGUUCCAAUUUCCAUUGUUUGUCAUCGUGAACAAACUACUUGUCCUCGAUUCUUAACUGCCAUUUUCAAUGAAAUUGAAACUGAUGGUAUUAAGGAUAUUGGUGUUUAUAGAAUCAGUUCCUCAGUCAGUGAAUUAAGUAAUAUCAAAUCGAUAAUUGAUAAAACUGGUACUAUUGAUUUUAAUGAUAGAGGUUAUGAUAUUCAUGCUUUGACAAGUAUUGUGAAAUCAUACUUUAGAGAAUUACCUGAUGCCAUCUUAACUGACAAGGUGAUUGAAUCAUUCUUUAAUUUAAAACAACAACAACAACUGCAACAACAACCACAACAAGAGCAAACUGCUAGUGAUCAAGCCAAAUUGAUUAACAAAUACAGAGACAUUUUAAAUUUAUUACCGCCAGUCAAUUAUGCUACUGUAAAAGCAUUAAUACAGCAUUUGAAUAAAAUAAGUCAAUACAGUGAUUCCAACAAAAUGACAGCAUCUAAUUUAGCCACAGUUAUUGGACCUGCUUUAACAGAAGCCAGUAGUUUAGAAGCAUUGGUAAAUAAUUUUGGAUUCAUGAAUUCUAUCUUGGAUAAAUUGAUUGCCAAUUGUGAUGCCAUUUACUAA